AUGCCAGCCAAACCAGAAACGCCUAUUAUUAGGCAGCUUAGCCUCCCAGACAACAGACUGCUAGCAUACCUGCUAGAUGACUCCCCCGAAGGCGGCCCCGUAGUCCUCCUCUCCAACCCCCUGUGCACCAACAUCGCCGUAUGGGACCACAUCGUCCCCGUCCUCAACCACGCCGGGUUCCGCACCCUCCGCUACGACCAGCCGGGCCACGGCGACUCCUCCGCGCCCGCCGACCUCACAACCACGACCUUCGACUCCAUGGUCGAGGACGUCGCCUACAUGCUCGACGCCCUGGGGAUCCCAAAACUGUGGGCCUGGGUCGGCGUGUCCAUGGGCGCGGCCGCGGGCGUCUUCUUCGCCACGUCGCACCCGGGCGUCAUUCAAAAACUUGUCGUCUGCGACACCAUCACCUGCUCCCCCCUCAACGCCGGCGUGGAGGACCCGUUCGGCCCCCGCGUCGCCUCAGCGCGGGGGGAGGGCGGCAUGGAGGGGAACACGGAGGCGACGCUGCGGCGGUGGUUCGGGGACGGGUGGCUCGAGAGCCACCCGAAGGAGGCGGAGCGGAUGCGGCGGAUCGUGAUGCGGACGAGCGUGGACGGGAUGGAGACGUGCUGCAACGCGCUCGCGAGCAGGUCGUUUGACCUGCGGCCGCUGCUGCGCAGGGUCGGCGGGGCGGUGGAGGAGGCCGUGUGCGUCGUCGGCGAGAAGGAUGCGAAUCUCCCGCGGACCAUGGAGGAUAUGAGGGCGCAGAUCGAGGAGGGGUUCAGGGGGGCGGGGAGGACGGGGAAGGUUGAGCUGGUUGUUAUUCCGGAUGCUGGGCAUGUGUGCUUUGUGGAUGGGCUGGAGGAGUUCGUUCAGUUGAUUCCGAGGUUCAUACAGCCUGGAAAGAAGUGA